GUUUUCUUUGACCACUCUAUAGUGAGAAAUUGAGUACAUGAUUUUCAGCAAAAAUCAACUAAAGCCUACUUUUGUACGCUAAGAGUGUUUUCGAAUUUCUUGUCAUUGGUUGCGAUUAAUUUGGUUCAUCGCCGUCAUCAUCAUCAUCUUUCUUUUCGAGUAAAAUAAUCCCAAAACUUUUCCCUCUAAGUUACGAAUUUUUGUUUGUGAUCAUAACAUCAUAAAGCUUCAAUCUUUCUUAAUUAUUUGUGAUCUUUCAAUGCCGUAGACUGGAAUUGGAAUUGCUUUUUAGGGCUUAAUCAAAUACUGGGAAUAGAUUGAUGGCUGAAUUUGGCGGUCCCAGGGUGUAUAGCUGCUAUAAUUGCCGAAAUCAAGUUUGUCUUCAUGAUGAUAUUAUCUCCAAAGCUUUUCAGGGAAGGAACGGCCGAGCAUUUUUGUUUUCUCAUGCUAUGAAUAUUGAGGUUGGGCCCAAGGAAGAUAGGCCCCUCAUUACUGGCCUUCACACGGUUGCUGAUAUCUGUUGUGUCGAUUGUCGACAAGUAUUGGGGUGGAAAUACUUGCGCGCUUAUGAAUCGUCGCAGAAAUAUAAAGAAGGAAAGUUCAUUUUCGAGAAGUCUAAAAUUGUUAAGGAAGAUUGGUAGUGAGUAAAUAAAGUCUUCCUUGCUUCAUUCUCCGCCUCAUUCUACUUCCCGGAAGUGUGAAGAUAGCAAUGUUGUUUAUCCUGUAUAGAACUUGUUCCGACCCAAGUGUUUAUUCUUGUUGUGCAAUAUGUUGCUCGUUGUGGGUUUUACCUUUAUUUAUUCUGAAAAAAACUGGAUUGUUCUUUGAAUAUGAUUGUCGUUCACCAAUUGGUAUGAUGUUGGAUUGAACAGUUUGAUAAAAUGUUAGAAAUAGUUGGCAAUUGCCAUGGUUAGUGUCUUUAAUGGCUAUAUAUACACCCUUCUGCAUUUGUUAUGUCUGUAUCAUUGUACUGAAACAGAGGACAUUGUACUUAAUUGUUUUUCUUUCUUUUUCUUGGUCUUUAUUAGCCAACCAAAAUAUUUUUUCCAA